GGAGGAGCAGCAUAAGGAAUUCAUGGCCAAGCUCAUGACCAGGUUGGUUUACACUUGUAACCACCUGCAGUCCGAGUUGGCGAACCUCCAGCGGGCCGUGCGGAACCACAAGGCUCAGCACAAGGAUGCAGCACGGGCACUUGAUUCCCGUGUACAGGACUUGGAGCAAACUGCACCAAGACCGGAGGCUGGCGAGUCCAGCAGUGCACCCUCUGCCCACCAACUGGAGGAACGCGUAGAUCACGUAGUGGCAAUGCUAGGUGAUAUCAACGCCUUCGCGGCGCCAGCCGCCAUUAGCCAACAGCUGGGCACCUUGAAGACCGAGAUCAGGCAGCGGCAACAGCCGUCUGACCCCGAUCGCAGCACCAGCACGGUGAAGCAUUACAAAAUGCCGACGUUCCGCCGAAAUCAUCAACAAGGCGAGGGAGAUCAUCAAGACAAACAGGGCGGCUUCACACGAGAAGUCAACGUGGCAGCCAACCUAUGUGGAGAAGCUGCGAAGCAACAACAAGUCCCGAGGAAACAGGAAGGCGAAAACCGCAUCGCCGACCGAAAACGGACAGCCAGCCCCAUGGGUCAAGUUUCACUUGACCGAGGUGGAAUACAAGUGGCGCGGCCGCUAUGGCUGCUGCUAUUGGUGCAACAGCACCAAGCACAAGACCUCCCAACGCCCGGAUCAAGGCAAAGAGGAUGUUCGGCCUCGCAUCAACUCGGGAAACUGAGUUGCGCGGGAGGUGAGGCGACUCCACCUCUCACUCCGCCAGAUUCGGUCGCCUUGCUAGCGACCUCCUACACAUCUGGGGAGGAUGCGAAUUUCGCAAGUUCUCGGUACACUUACGAGGACUAUGCUGUCCACUUGGUCCCACCGUUGGACCAACCGCUCCACGUGCAACAUUCUACCGCAUUCACGGUUUCACCACCAUCGACAACCGAUUCGGCAGCUUCGCCACCACCCAUCGCCGGGGAUUCGACGUCAUGGUCAAGACUUGAAGAGCUCGACCCGUUGACGUUCGCGGACUUCCAGUGGAUGCCCGUUCCCCCGACCGGUCGAUUGCCGAAACCGCAUUGCAACGUGCUCAUGGCACAACUGCGGGAUUACGUGCACACUGCAGUACCAACUUCGUUGAUGGACGCCGGAGUAGAGGUUCUCGACCUUCACAAUUACAUUGCGAAGAUCGACCGUGAGUUCAACACACAACGGUACGACGACAUCGACGCAGCAUUGUUAUAUGUACGCAUUCAGAUCGAAGAGGCGACCUGCAGCACUUUGAUUGAUUGCGGAGCAUCUCGCAACUACAUGAGCCACGACCUUAUGGUACGCGCCGGCCUUGGCCCACACGUCCGGAGGAAGUCCCAGCCUACGCAAGUCACGUUGGCAGACGGUCACACGCACAAGUCAAUCGACCGGUGCAUUGAUGACGUCCCCGUGUACUUUGCCCCGCAUGCAAGCGAGGCGGUGUCCUUCGAUAUUUUGGACACCAAAUUCGACAUGAUCUUGGGCAUGUCAUGGCUGCGAAGCAAGGAUCACCCGGUGAACUUCUACCGCCACACCAUUUACGUUCGCCCGCACGGAGUAGUACCGGAUCGGCCCAUCCGCCACGAGAUCAUCCUCGAGGACGGGGCUGUACCUCCGCGUGGUUGCAUCUACCGAAUGAGCGAGGAAGAGGUAAGUGUGCUACGGGCAAAACUCGACGACCUUCUUGAGAAAGGCUGGAUUCGGCCUAGCUCCUCGCCAUACGGUGCUCCCGUUCUCUUCGUCCGGAAGAAGAACACGGAUCUGCGGUUGUGCAUCGAUUAUCGCAAGCUCAACGAGCAAAUGGUCAAGAACGCUGACCCUCUUCCACGCAUCGACAACCUCCUCGAACGGCUGGGCGGCGCCAAGUUCUUCUCCAAGCUAGACCUCAAAUCGGGAUAUCACCAACUCGAGAUCCGGCAGGAGGACCACUACAAGACCACGUUUAAGACGCGAUAUGGGCAUUUCGAAUGGCUGGUUAUGUCGUUUGGCCUUACGAAUGCCCCAGGCACUUUCCAAGCGACUAUGACAACGAAUCGGAGUUUGGACGAGCAUGUCGAGCACCUGCGCACCGUUUUGGAGCGGCUACGACAAGCCAAGUACAAAGCCAACCGCGACAAAUGCGAAUUUGCGCGGGAGAAGCUGGAGUAUUUGGGACAUUAUGUGACGCCGCAAGGCAUCCGUGCGCUUGCGGACAAGAUCGAGGCCAUCCGCGUAUGGCCCGAGCCCACCAACACCACAGACGUCAGUUCAUUCGUGGGGUUGGCGGGCUACUAUCAACGAUUCAUCACCGGGUACUCAAGGAUUGCUGCACCUAUGACGAGAUUACAAUCGCCAAAGGUACCAUUCAUAUUCGAUGACGGCGCACGCCGGUCAUUCCAAACACUCAAAACGGCCAUGCUCAUGGCACCCGUUCUUAGCAUCUACGACCCCACCCUGCCAACGAGAGUGACAACCGACGCUUCCGGCUAUGGCAUUGGGGCAGUCUUGGAACAACACGAUGGCGACGACUGAUUUCAGCCACAAAGUGCCUCCCAUCAAUUGGCUUGAUGAUGCAAGGAAGAAGGAGCUGCUCGCGUUCGUGAUGGUUCUCAAGC